AACACUCCUCUGGUGAAUAACUUCACACACUACAUCCUUUAACUUGUUGCACAGCCGAGCACUAACAGUGUUGAGGUGCAUGCUGUGAUGCCAGUGAGCAGCAGCAGCAGCAGCAGCAGCAGCUGUGUCUCUCUGGUUUGUCUCCUAGUGUCUCUGUUCCUGGUAGGUCCGGUCUCAUCGGGCUGUCGGGAUGCAGGUCUGUGCUGCUCCGGCCGGGACCCGGCAUGCAUCAGCAGAGGAUGGAGGUCUGACCGCUCCUAUGGGACCUGCUACUGCGACCAGGCCUGUGUGUCCACCCUGGACUGCUGCCACGACUAUGAGACAGCCUGCCCAGCGCUGUCCUGUGUGGUGAGCGAGUGGACGCAGUGGUCAGGCUGUGCCGAGCAAUGCAGGGCCACAGUCCGCAGGCGGAGCAGGGAGAUCCUGCAGGAGCCGCUCAACGCAGGCAAACCCUGCCCCCAUCUGGAGGAGCACGCCGGCUGCGCAGAGUACUGGUCCCAGCAAGGGAACUGUCACAACCCACUGGUGCCAGCGCUGAUUAUCACGGGUGGCUAUGGCAACGCCAGGAAGAAAAGAGACAUCCCCGACGGCAGCGACAUUAUAGGGUAUUGUGUCCAGUUUCAGUUGGCCUCUCUGACAAAAGGAUGCCAGCAGAGUUCGGGCCCACACACCCAGUGGAUGCAGCACCUGAGGGAGGGCCACCGCGUGUGUGUCGAGUGCCAGCCGCCCGCUCUCGCCGCUGGACAGACACACUGUGCCGGAGACGGAGAGGAAAACGGCGAGGGCAGAAGACAGUCUCUCCAGUGGCAGGCGGUGGGAAACCCUCGAUGCAGGGGUGUGUGGAGGCGUGUGGGGAGGCUGGAGGCCUGUUCCUGCCCAACAGCCCACAGCUUCCUCUUCAUCUAACCUCCUCCUUCCUCCCGUUAGCCUCCCUCCUGCACAUGUUCACUCAGACUCUAUGUAUAAAGAACAAUCUGUCACCAUAAUAAACACAAAUGUUCUCUAUGUAAGAGUUCUGCUCAAUGCUCAGUUGUGCUUCUUCUCCAGAUUAGUGCAACUACAUGUAAACGUUUUAUUAAUAUGGCUGAAUGUGUGCCAAUGAAAAUCAUAUUUCUUAGUCAGAAUAUAAUACAUUUGUUGUCCUCACUGCUCAACAAAAACUUGAAUAAUACAUAUUUUUGGUUUGCAUCAAAAACGGCAAAUGAACAGUAAAAUGAAAGUCAGAAAUUCCUAAUCAAAAUGUAAAGUGAUCUGAUUUAUUUCAUUUUUAGUCAUCCAAGGGAAAUGUUGCUUUUCUUAAGAAAUAGAAAUAUCUCGGGACAUUGAGACACUUUUUUUUUUUUUACAUGAGAAGAACUGGCUCUGUGUGAUUCACAACCAGUCACAACGCCAAAGUUACAACAUGCACUGAACAAUAGAACAUUUAUACAGAAACAACAGCAUAGAAAGUCAACAGGUAAAAAUGAGUUGUUUUUUCUUUUACAAAACAGACAGCCUCGGGACCUACAAACAACAUUGUAUAAGAGCUGGCUAAGGUCGUUCAAAUAUUUUUUUUCAAUUCCCUGGAAAGAGUGUACUUUACAAAGACUGAUGGCUUAGGCAAGGUUGGGGUCAAUUCCACUGAGAGCUUAAACGUAGAAAAAAAUAGAGUUUGUGUUUUUUAAUUUGUACUAAUUAGUCUCAUGCUCUAAUACUGGUUCCUUUUAUAGUGUGAUGUGUGUUUUACUCCAUCAAGGCAUCCUGAAUCGACCCCAACCCUGUAAUACAGUGUUCGAUUCAGAGUAUGUGGAACUGGGCUACUUGCUAAAGCACUGGUUCUCACUGGGUUUUUGAAACUACCUUGAAAAGGGUCCUAUAUGGGGUUCUAACAAAAAAUGAAAAGACUUGAACCUCUUUACAGUUUCAUUUAGCAGCUAGUGCGACAACCAAGUUCUCCUAUAGGUUUCUUGUUAUGGAAAGUUUGAGAAUAUGUGCUCUUCCUCUUAGUUUGUAUCAAUAAAUGAGAAAUAAAACAAGUCUUGAUUGUGUUUUCUUCAUAAAGCAUGAUGGUUUAGUCCUUUGAAUCACUCCACAGGGAUCUCAGUGAAAUUAAAAGCUCUUUUAGACUACUAGAUUGUGUUAAUUUGAAUGGCUCCCUUGGAAAUGGAGGUUAGUAAAGUGCCAAAAUGAAGUAAAAACAAGGAUCUUCUAAAAUAGAUGAAUAUAUUUUUUUGUAUUAUGGUGGUAUCAUGUCACAGUAUCACAGUCAGGUAUCAAAUCACAACACCGUGCUUGAUGUUUCUUUUGCACUACCCUGUCUAAAAGAUUAAGAGUCUCAAUACUAGUGUCAGGAUUUAAAUACGUGUUUGUGUGUAUGUGCAUGGGUGCACAUUUGUGUAAUAUUUGCAGACAAUAAAUCUCUAAAAUAGUGCUUGCUGUCUAUUCAUGGAAUAUUGAUUGUCAUUAUUGUUGUGAGUUAUUUCAGUGAAACAUGGUCCCUGGGGGUGAAAGUAAUGAAUUACAUUUACACUCUACCUUGACAAAGUUUUUUUUUUGUGUACUUGUACUUUGAGUAUUUUUUUGAAAUUGGUAAUUUUACUUUUACUUUGCUACAUUUCAAAUCGCAUCCAUUACAGACUAAAAACAAAAUUCACAUGGAAAAAGUCCUGACAAACUGUGAGAGAGGAACAGAUAAAACAGCAGCUGCAGCAGAGAAGAAGCUGCAGGUGUUUCUGCGGUGUUGUGCUGUGAUUGGUUAGUACUACUGGGCUGUGAUUGGCUAGUGCGCAUUGCCUUUACGUAGAAAAGUUUGCAGAGUUCACGGCUGAGUUCACGGCCGGGGCUAGCACUUCUAACACAAAUGAAGGUUAUCAUUAACCUAUGGAGUGUGGUUAUAAUAAUAUAACUAUUGUACCUAUGCGUAGUUAAAAAAAAUGUUGCAUCUAUCUCAAUUAAUGACUGACCUCAGCGAGCACGCUAAGUGAAGCACCCACGAUGUCUGGCUAAUAUGCUAAAUGCUAACAUGCUAACUUCAACCUUCAUUGAGUUGAUUGAGGACUUUCUGCUGUUUGAGACUGUUAAUCCUCCAUGUGAUGGCAGAGCCUGGACUGGUUAUUCUUUGAGAGUGAACGAGUAGAGCAGUUGAAACUGGAGCAGAUUGUGGAGGACUUGGCACUAGUGCCGUUCAGACAGGUGAGUACAACAACACACUGUUGAACCAAAGAGUAUAGAAGCAAAGAGAUAAAUCUUUACUGGCGUCCGGGAAGUCGCUUUCAGUCCAACAUGGCGGAAGCGUAGCUCUGCUGCUGGGCGCUGAUGUUGCAACAGAACGAACAAUUGACUUUCACUUCUUGGCAAUACACGUUCUUUGGUUGAGAACGUUAACGUUGCCUAGCAACGUAGGUAAGGUGUGUGUAAAAACUGUGCUGUAGGCUAAUAUGUGUGUUUAUAAAAACAAGUUCAUAUUGUUUACAUUGUCUGCUUUUGUGCGAUGUUUUAUUCUACUGGUUAUUCUAAAAUAAGUUUCAGGCGCCUUGGUGUCCAUAGCUCUUUUUUUAUUUAUUGGUGAUCAUUUUUGUUGACAUAUCUGAGUAUUCUGGUUCAUUCUUGUGUGGCUACAUUGAGGAAGGCAGUUGUAUAUUUAUAUAAAUUAUAAUCAGUUGUAUGCACAGACUGCAGAGUGUCCAUUUGUUGGUUUGGACAGAAGGUCUUGUUGCUAAUGUUGUUCCACUUGUAUAUAAGUUGACAUUUAAUGCAAUCUAUUUUUUGUAGCCGAAAGAUGGUCUUUAAUUUAUCAUCAUACCCCUUCCUCCCCCUUUUUUCUAAACGUAAGGCAGUAACGUUUUACUCUCGCUCAUUUUAACUGACCUAAUAUUCACUUUUAACAUUACUUAAGUACAUGUUUUACACAAGUAGCCAACUUUUACUUGAGUAAAAAUGUAUUUAAAGUUUUCUAGUACUCUUUCCACCUCUGUGUAAUAUAGAAAACCUAAAUGAUGGGACAGAAGCUCACAUUAUGCUUCACAAGAGGUUAUGUAAUCUGAAUGUCCUUUAUGUUGAAAAUGAAACUUAGUUAUCCAUUUUUUUAAUGAUGUAAUGCACUCAGAAGGACAUUUCUGACUGAAAUUUGUUUCAUCAAAAUUAAGAAAACAUUUUGAAAUCUCCAUGGACAGGGUAAAAAGAUGUUGGCAUACAUUGGCCUUGACCUUUCAUAAGAGAAAGAUAAAUAUACAAAGAAAAGUUAAUCAGGAACUAACAUCCAACUGGUCUGAACUAAAUGCCUCUCUUGUUGGGACUGAUGUUGUCUAACCCUACGAAAAUACAAUGUAAGGUACUAAGCUUGCAUGUUUAUCAUGUUUUCAUUGUAUAAUUGGACGUGUGCCACUUCCACCUCGUAAUGUCAUAUGAAGAAGUUUAUUGUGGGAAUAAUUAAUUAAUGUCUAAAUAUAGCUAAAGGAGUAGCCAUUCACGGCAAGUUUAUGGGGAGACUUCAAAAAUGAUUCAAUCUGAAUAUCACCAGAGGCCAUCUGGAAAAUGUUUAAUAUCAGCAGUGAAUUGUUAUGCCAUAGGACAUUUUCUCAUUUUAAAAAUCAAAUCAUUUCAUUUGUUAACACCUCUUUGCAUGCGAUACUUAAGUUUAGGUCUAUAUUUUAAUAUACUUUUGAGUGCGAUCAUUUUUCUUUUUUUAUGUGAAUUUAGCUUCUAAUAUUAGCAGAUACUUAAGUUUAUGUGCAACAAAGGACAAUGAUUAGACAUUUCACUUGAAUAAAAAAAAGGGAUGUUGUGAUACAUAGUCUAUGAAGCUGGAUGAAAUGAAUUCAUCACCACCUAAUUAUAUGAUGUGUGUUAAAUAAGAUCCAUAAAAUGUGCCUCCCAUCCCUCUCUUCUCAGCAGUAAAUGAAGCUGCAACUUCAAAAAUGAAACGUACGCAAAAGUAAUCUUAAUUUCUCAUUUGAAAAGAGUACAAUCUGUGUUACUGUUUACAUGUUAGAGUCACAACUGCAGAUAUAAUAUGGAGAAAACAGAAGCAGGAUUCCCCCCGACAUCAUGCACACAUUCGUAAAUAGUUCAUUCUUUUCCAUUAAGCAGCAGCCACACUGCUCUAAUGCCCUGGCUUUACAGCUGUCACACACGCACA